AUGGCCAACGAAAACGUGCUGGAGGGCGUACCUCCCAGAGAGAGCCCACAACCGCAAGAUUUCAUCCGGCAUUCUAACGGACACGCGCCGCCAGCGAUCAGUUCAGAUAACCAUUCUAGCUACGCGCAGGAAGCGUUUGCAGAGAAAAAGGCAAUACCAGAGUCGCAUCCCCUGGAUAACAGCAGUGAGCCAAGUGGACAGGACGUCGAAGCAGGACGCAAGGCCGCCUUCAAAUCAGCAGCUCGUCGGUACUACAAAUCGUAUUUCAAGCAUGUUCUGUAUGCUGUGAUUUGGCUUCUGUUCACCGGGUGGUGGAUCGCUGGCCUUAUUCUCCAUCGCUAUGACUUGGGCUGGCUGGUUCCGUUCUUGCUCUAUCUCGUCAUCACCCUUCGACUCAUCUUCCUCUACGUACCAAUCUCGAUCUUUACACGGCCGGUGCAUUGGGCGUGGAAGAGCACUGCCAGUCGUCUCGUCAGCAUGAUCCCGGAGCAUUUCCGCAUCCCGCUUGGUGCUUUAGUAACUAUUGCUACCAUUUUAGUCGGCUCCUUUGCGUCAGCGGAAGCCCCCGGUAACACCAGGGCUGACCGUGCUGUCAGCUUAUUCGGGCUUCUGGUAUGCAUCUUCUGCCUUUGGCUCACCUCCAGGAAUCGCAGAAAGGUCAAUUGGCACACUGUCGUUGUGGGCAUGCUGGUGCAAUUCAUCGUUGCUUUGUUCGUGCUGCGCACACAGGUUGGUUACGAUAUCUUCGAUUUCAUCUCCAUGUUGGCCAGAGAGCUUUUGGGCUUCGCUCAGGAAGGUGUUGACUUCCUAACGACAACUGAUUUUGAGUCUGGCCACCCCUACUUCUUAGUUACGGUCAUCCCGGCCAUCAUCUUCUUCGUCUCCCUCGUCCAGCUCCUCUACUAUACCGGUGUCUUGCAGUGGGCCAUCCGUAAGCUCGCCGUCUUCUUUUUCUGGUCCAUGCGCGUCUCUGGCGCAGAGGCCGUGGUAGCAGCCGCCUCCCCAUUUAUCGGACAAGGUGAAUCUGCUAUGCUGAUCAAGCCCUUCAUCGCGCACUGCACGAUGGCCGAAAUCCACCAGAUCAUGUGCUCCGGCUACGCAACCAUCGCAGGUUCCGUCCUGGUCUCCUACCUUUCCAUGGGCGUCAACGCGCAGGCCCUUAUCUCAUCCUGCGUGAUGAGUAUCCCUGCAUCCCUCGCGUGUUCCAAACUGCGCUGGCCUGAAGAAGAAGAAACCCUAACGGCCGGCCGUGUCAUCAUUCCCGAAGAAACCGAAGACAGACCAGCUAACCUCCUCGACGCCUUUUCCAAAGGCGCUUGGCUGGGUAUCAAGAUUGCUGGCAUGAUUGCCGCCACACUCCUUUGCAUCAUCUCCCUCAUCGGUCUCAUCGAUGGACUACUCACCUGGUGGGGCCGGUACCUGAAUAUCAACAACCCAACCCUAACGCUCGACCUGAUCGUCGGCUACAUCUGCUAUCCCAUCGCCUUCCUCCUCGGCGUUAGCCGCGACGGCGACCUCCUGAAGGUUGGAAAGCUUAUUGGCCUGAAGCUCGUUGCUAACGAAUUCGUUGCCUACUCGGCUCUUCAGACCGAUCCCCAAUACCAGGAUCUCUCAAACCGCUCCCGCCUCAUCGCCACCUAUGCGCUCGCCGGUUUCGCCAAUAUCGGCUCUCUAGGUAACCAGAUCGGUGUGCUUGCUCAGCUAGCACCCAGCCGUGGCGGCGAUGUUUCCCGCGUUGCUGUGAGCGCCAUGCUUACGGGUGCGAUCAGCACCUUCACGUCUGCGGCGAUUGCGGGACUGUUGAUCCAGAAUGAGGAGCAGUAUAUGACCACUGCUACUUCGUAA